GGGCUCACAAGCCACGCCCACCAGGGAGUCUUUAAAAGGUGCGGGCGCUCGCUUCGUCGCUGUUCCCGGACUGCCAGCGGGCUCUUUCUGGUCUGGCUCUGCUAUCUCUGCCGGCGGUGCGUGGUCUGCCUCCGACUCGAAAUGCCCGUCUGGGGAGGUGGCAACAAGUGCGGGGCCUGUGGGAGGACCGUGUACCACGCAGAGGAGGUGCAGUGUGACGGGAGAAGCUUCCACCGCUGCUGCUUUCUGUGCAUGGUUUGCAGGAAAAAUUUAGAUAGCACAACAGUGGCAAUUCAUGAUGAGGAGAUCUACUGCAAAUCCUGCUACGGAAAGAAGUAUGGGCCCAAAGGUUAUGGUUACGGCCAGGGCGCCGGCACGCUCAACAUGGACCGGGGUGAGAGGCUGGGCAUCAAGCCAGAGAGUGCUCAACCUCACAGGCCUACAACAAAUCCAAACACUUCCAAAUUUGCUCAGAAAUACGGAGGUGCUGAGAAGUGUUCCAGAUGUGGGGAUUCUGUGUAUGCUGCUGAGAAGAUCAUCGGAGCUGGAAAGCCCUGGCACAAAAACUGUUUCCGCUGUGCCAAGUGUGGGAAGAGUCUUGAAUCCACAACCCUGACUGAGAAAGAAGGUGAAAUCUAUUGUAAAGGAUGCUAUGCAAAGAACUUUGGACCCAAGGGAUUUGGCUAUGGCCAAGGAGCAGGGGCCCUCGUUCAUGCUCAGUAAAGGUGUAAGCCCAGAACCAAGAUCACACACUGAGAACCUCUACACCCUCUAGGCACAGAUAAUCUACCACUAAACUACUGUGAACUUCUGCCAGCACUUAAGUACUGUCUGUUGUCCCGUACGUGGAGAGGCUGGCUGGCUGACUCGUAGGAAGAGAGCACGGUGUCCUUUUGCUUUAUUCAUCAGCAUUUUCAGAAUUAUUUCUUUUACAUUUUAAAUAAAACCUUAGCAUGA